AAACCAAGGAAGAAGUGAGUGACAUUUACCGAUUCUAGAGAAGAAUGAUUGCUACAUAAUUGUUUACAAAAUUUUUACUAAUAAUAGUGACAAUGAUGUAUCAAUCUUAUAGUUAAAGAAAGCUAUUAAUUCAAGCUGCCAAAUAUUGCAAAACGUGAAGCGUUGUGUAUUAUUUCUAGAUAUUUAAGGGAUUAUUUCUUUUGGAGAUAUAUAUUGUAUUUCUUAUUUAUGUGUGAUUUGUGUUAGCAUAGUUGAAUCAUAAUGAUGAUUAUUUACAUUCGGUGGUAACUUCUUUGGAAAGCAAUCUUUCAUUAUGCGAAGCAAAUUCAUGGAUGUAAGAAUAGAUGAAUUUUUCCCACUGUUGAGGAUGGUCACACCAGAAUGAUGUGCAGCACUUUAUUUCAACAGGAAAGCCAACUAGUUUGGUAUUAAGAUAUCGGAAUCAAAAUAGGUGUAUUAGGAUAUUAAUAAUCAACUCUAUUCUGGAUUACAAAGCUUCCAAUGAUGUUUUCGUCUGGCCUUAAUUGUAAUCUCUCCUUCCCCAGUUGUUUGGGUUAUCCACAGGAUAGUGAAGAAUUGAUUCCAAAAAUGGCUCGCGAACCAAUCAUUCUUAAUGUUUACGAUAUGUAUUGGAUAAACGAGUAUACUACACCUAUCGGUCUUGGUGUGUUUCACUCAGGAGUGGAAAUAUAUGGAACAGAAUAUGCGUAUGGCGGUCAUUCCCAACCAAGAAGUGGCAUUUUUGAAAUUACACCAAGAGUAGCUGAGGAAUUGGGCGAACAGUUUAGAUACAGACAAUCUGUUCAUAUUGGAUAUACCGACUUCACGGAAGAAGAUGUGUCAAGAAUAAUUACGGAAUUAGGCAAAGAUUUCAGAGGAGACCGUUAUCAUUUGAUGAAUAAGAACUGCAACCACUUUAGCAGUCAAUUUACAUUGAUUUUGUGUGGACAGGAAAUACCUGGUUGGGUUAAUCGUCUGGCGUAUUUCAGUUCAUGCGUACCAUUUCUUCAACGUUGUUUACCAAAGGAAUGGUUAACACCUGACGCUUUGCAGCAUUCUUUAACCCAAAUUAGCCAUCACGAAGAUACACCACCAUCGGAUACUUCGUUGUAACAUUUAGCUAACACUGUUAAGAUUUGUAAGCACGGUCUAAAAUACCGUAGAAGUUAUACAUUUUAGGUAAUUAAACAUGGCGAAAAAAUGUUAAUUAGGAUUGAUUAUAUAUGAUCAAGAUUUAAAAAUUUGAGAAACUAAACCGUCGAGACGAGGUACAAAUUUGAUAUUGUAUGCGAGCGCUAACAAUUAGUACCGAAAAGAUUGCCUUUGCUGCAAUGCAUCUCCUAAGAUGGCGAUUCGCAACGUCGCAUGUGUUCUUUGUUGAUUAAUAUUGUCAAAAUAUAAUAGUUACAUAAUGAAUAGAUAAUUACAUACAUUGAAUUCAAAUUACAAUAAGUAAGAAAAUCUUUUGCUGAUGCUGAUGAAAAUAGCCUGUUACAUUAAAAAAGAAAAACAUUUAUUGAAAUUGAUUUCUUUCUUAUAAAGAUUCUUGUUCGUUAUUACUUGAAAUUGUAAAACGCUAUAUCUUAAAAUAUAAUGCAUGUCUGUCUAUAAGUUGUAUGCAUAAAAUAUUAUAUAC